GAAAACAGUUUCCUCUAUUUAAAAAACAGGACAUGUGUUUUCACAACCGACUUUUGUUUUCCGUUCAUCACUUUCGGUUCUGAGUCAGAGAAACCGGCUGAUGAUCCGCCCACAGCCGCGAGAAACGAAACUAAACCGGUAUUUAAAUCCACCAAGGAAAUGAAAGGCGCAGUGUUACCGAAGACAUCAUAACCAGCUAUAUUAACCACUGAAGAAUGGUCAAUCCAAGAGGAGGAGGACAGCAAAGAGGAAGAGGAGGCUUCAAUGCCCCUUACAGAAGAGAUGGUUCUGUGCCUGGUCAAAAACAAGCAAGCAGGUCUUCCAGUCAAGGAAGAGGAAGCAGCAGAGAUGGCCGAGGGGAGGGGGGAGGAAGAGGUGGAAGAGGAGGUGGAGGAGAUGGAAGGGGUCGAGGUCACCAUCAAGCCAGUGGAAGCUCAAACAGCCAAAGGGAAAGAUGGCCAGAUGAAAGAGCUCAAGGUACAAGAGGUGGUGGAGGAGGAGAUGGAAGGGGCAGAGGACAGAGGAGAGGAGAAGGCGGGCAACAUCAUCACGGAAGGCCAAACGGGAACAACUCCCACCGCCCUAUGAUAAGGGGAGGCUUCUCUAAUGCAUCUUCACCCUCUCGAGGAUUUGGGAGACCUAUUCACGGGCUCAUGCAUCAGCGUUUGACCAAUUAUUUACUUCCAGCUCCUUUAAUUUCAAGCAGCCGCCCUGAAAACCCACAUCACCAACAAGCCAGUGGAAGUAUGACAGAUGUAAGCGCUGAAGAACCUCAAAGGGGAAGAGCAGAAACUCAGAGAGGUAGAGGGGGAAAUGGGAGAGGGAGAGGAAGAGGGAGAGACGGCACCCCUGAAGUACGCAGACUGGGAUAUAAAACGCUUGAAGGCCUGCUGGAGAAAGAAGCGUCUGAGGUGGCCAUCACUCUUUCCACCAGCACUGGGCUCAAGAAUCUGCUUGACGACGAUACAAUGAGAAGCGACCUGGUGCAGCUGGUCUGUCAAGUUCUCUGCAAGGCCUUUGGGUCUCGAAUUGACCGCAAGACUGUGCUGCACUUGGCUCGCGUCGUCAAGGACUCUCGCUUUUUCCGUAACUUUCUGCCUUAUUACGUGACUGGAAUGAUGACGGAUUACACGCAAGCUCGAAGGGAGCACUAUCCCCAGUAUCUGAGCAACAUCAUCAGCCUUCUCUCUGAGGUUCUCAACAUGUUUCCACAAAGCUCUAUCCAGUCGGUCUCCAUGCUGGUAGCUCUUUUAAAAACGACCAUCAAUCAGUUGCGUGCUUCUGGUGUGGAUAUUCUCGACAGUACAGAUGAAGACUUGGAGAGGGUGCAGGGUUUGGUGAACCAUCUCCAAGAGAAAUCAAGGGAAGGCACCUUACGGUCAGACAACUACUCCUUCCUUGCAGCUGACGAGGAUGCACCACCUGGGGAGGAAGACUUCAGGACGAUGAGCAUCUAUCCAACCAUUGAGGAGUUCCACCUAGACCAGAAGCCGUUCCUGAGACCCAACAUAAUGUCUCAAAGCUUUCCUAACGCGCGCAUCUAUCUAGACACUCACUUCCGACUUCUGCGGGAAGAUUUCGUGAGGCCGCUGCGAGAGGGAGUCAAGGAGGUCCUAAGGAGCCAGCACAAUACUGAUGGAAUACCGAUGAAAAAGAGGCAGUUUGAUGACAUCAGACUGUACCAUGACACCAGAUUGAUUUUGCCACUCUGCACGUCAACAGGAAUUGCCUACAAAGUGCAGUUUGACCCACGGCCUCUUCAGUUUGUCAGGUGGGAAAAUUCCAAACGCCUGCUUUACGGAUCCCUUGUCUGUCUCUCCAUGGACAACUUCCAAAGCUUCCUGUUCGCCACUGUUACCGAUCGGGAUCCAAAGCUGCUGAGGAAGGGACAGGUGCAUCUCUGUUUUUCUUCUGACAGCAGGGCCAGCUUGGCCAGUGUUCAACCCUCAGACUCCUUCCUGAUGGUCGAGACUACGGCUUACUUUGAGGCCUACCGAUAUGUCCUAGAAGGUCUCCAAGAGCAAGACGAGAAUGAUGUUCCCUUUGAAAGGUACAUAGUGCAGUGCAACACAAAUGUAGAUCCUCCAGCUUACCUUCGAGUGGAGGGAAGAUCAUACGAUCUGUCUAGCAUCAUGGCAGAAGGACAAGAGAAGAUUCCACCCUUCAACCCCUUGACCCCACACGCUUGGCCUGAUGAGGAAAAAAUGGGUCUUGAUGAAAGCCAACUUAAAGCACUUAAACUAGCCUUAACCAAUGAACUGGCCAUCAUACAGGGACCACCAGGAACAGGGAAGACGCAUGUAGGACUGAGGAUCGCUCAGGCUUUGCUGGAGAAUCAUACGGCCUGGUCAAACGGUUGCCCUAUGCUGGUGGUCUGCUAUACCAAUCAUGCUCUUGACCAGUUUCUGGAAGGCAUCCACAGAUUUCUAAAAACGGGCAUUGUAAGAGUUGGAGGACGAAGUAACAGUGAAAUUCUAAAGCCCUUUGGUCUGAGGGAGCUGACCAGGGUAUCAAACUUCCGCAAAAGUUUGCCACAGCACCUGAGGAGAGCCCAUCAUGAGAUCUACACACAGAUGGAGGCCGCAGAGGAGCUCUUAAAGAGACAGUCCGCUCAGCUCGAGUGCAGCUUGCGUGGCGUCCUCAGAGAAGACUUCCUGGAGAGAUACAUCUCUGAGCAGCACUGGGACAGUCUGUCUCUACAGCCAGCGUGGGAAGAAUAUGAGACUGUGGGGAAAAAGAAGCCUUCAAUGAUAACGGAGUGGCUCGGCAUCGGAUCCAACUUUUUUAUGCAGGGGCCACAACUAACAGAGAUGGCAGAUGAAGACGGAGCACAGCUGGACGAUGAGGAACUGAUAGAUAUCGAUGAAGAGGCCGAUCUGAUCGAGGCUGAGAGGAUCGUGGUUGAUGCAGAUCAUGGGGAUAAAGACUGGAAAAAGUUGAAACGGGAGGAGAAAAACAUCGCUGACAUGGCUGAGCUGAUGCUGGCUAUGAACCUGAACGAAACUGAACCACAAGGACCAGCCCAGAAUCAGGCUCAGACUAAUCAAGGCGAAUGGCAGAUGCAAAGCCACCAAAAGAAAAAAAUGAAGCAAAUGGCUAAAAAAGAGCUGAGGAAGACUUCAGCCAUGAGUGAGCAACAAGAAAGGCAAAUCAGGGAUAUUUGGAGCCUCAAUCUGAAAGACCGUUGGAGACUGUAUCGGCUAUGGAUUUUGCGCUAUCGGACUGAACUCCGCGCUAAGGCCCUCACGUCUGAACAGGUGUAUCAGGACGCAGCUGAGCGGCUCAAUGAAAUCCGCCGUCGUGAGGACCUGUGUGUGCUGCGACAGGCUCAGGUCGUCGGUAUGACCACCACGGGAGCGGCUAAAUACAGACAGGCUCUGCAGGAGCUGCAGCCCAGGCUGGUGAUUGUGGAGGAGGCGGCAGAGGUGUUGGAGGCGCACACCAUCACCACCCUCAGCAAAGCCUGCCAGCACCUCAUACUGAUCGGAGAUCACCAACAGUUGAGGCCUAGUGCAACAGUGUACGAACUUGCCAAGAAUUUCAAUCUGGAAGUGUCGAUGUUUGAGAGGCUUGUGGGAGUGAACUUUCCAUUUGUGCGCCUUAACUACCAGCAUCGCAUGAGACCAAGCAUCGCUCGACUGUUGACUCCUCAUAUAUAUGAUACUCUGGAAAACCACCCCUCUGUACUGGAGUAUGAAAAUGUUAAGGGGCUUUUGGAAAAUCUCUAUUUCGUGGAGCAUUGCCAACUCGAGGAAGAGAUUAAGGACGGACGGAGCCACCAGAACACUCACGAGGCUCAUUUUGUUGUCGCGCUUUGCCGCUACUUGCUGUUGCAGGACUACGAGCCUUCCCAGAUCACUAUUCUCACCACCUACACCGGACAGCUUCACUGUCUGCGUAAGCUCAUGCCCUCUACGGAGUUCUCUGGCGUCAAAGUCCACGUUGUUGACAAAUACCAAGGGGAGGAGAACGACAUUAUCAUAUUGUCUCUGGUGCGUAGCAAUCUACAGAAAAGAGUCGGCUUCCUAAACAUAUCAAACCGUGUCUGCGUUGCCCUUUCUCGUGCUAAGAUGGGUCUCUAUUGCAUCGGAAAUAUGGACAUGCUCAGCUCCGUUAAGCUGUGGAGCAACAUCAUUCACACUCUGAGAGAGCGUAAUCAGGUGGGUCGUGCUUUGACGCUGAGUUGUCAAAACCAUCCAGAUAAACAGAUCCUCGCGUCCUGCAGUGCUGACUUCAAAGGUGCCCCUGAGGGUGGUUGCGAUCAGCCCUGCCAAUUUCGACUGGAUUGUGGUCACGUGUGCACCCGUAUGUGCCACCCAUAUGAUGCGGACCACAAGAAAUUCAAGUGCAUGAAGGACUGCCAGAAGGUGCUGUGCGAACUGGAACACAAAUGUACCAAACGCUGUUACCAAGAGUGCGGUAAAUGCCGGGUACUCCUAGACAAGACAAUUCCGUCAUGCCAGCACAUCCAGAAGGUGCCUUGCCACCAGGAUCCUGCAACAUUUGUCUGUCAAGAGCAUUGCCAAAAGACCCUUCCAUGCAGCCAUCCCUGCAAGGCAGCUUGUGGAGAGUCCUGCAUCACUCAGUGCAUGGUUAGAGUUCAAAUGCAGCUGAAAUGUGGACACGUGCAGGAAGAACCAUGCUACAUUUCCACGGACCACAGAAGGGAGCCACACUGCAGAACUAAAUGUGGCACCACCUUAAAAUGUGGCCAUCCUUGCCCAGGAACUUGCCAUGGAUGCUGUCAAGGUCGCCUACACAAAGCAUGCUCCCACAAAUGCCAGCAAAUCCUGGUGUGUUCUCAUCAGUGUUGGGAGCCUUGCGUAAGAGAUUGUCCACCAUGCUCGGUUCCCUGUGAGAACCGUUGCGUUCACAGCAUCUGCAAGAAGGCUUGCGGUCAGCCUUGCGCCCCGUGCAUGGAACCCUGCGAAUGGCAGUGCCCUCACCACAGCUGUACCAAGCUGUGUCACGAACCAUGCGACCGUCCGCCUUGUUCUGUUCCCUGCAACAACACCUUGCCCUGCGGACACCGCUGCAUAGGUCUCUGCGGAGACCGUUGUCCCGAUAAGUGUCGCAUUUGCCAUAAAGAUGAGGUCAUGGAGAUCUUCUUCGGCAAUGAAGACGACCCGGAUGCUUGUUUCAUUCAGCUUGAAGAUUGCAACCACCUGUUCGAGACUACAGGAAUGGAUCAAUAUAUGAAUCUUGAUGAAAACCAAGAUGCCGAAUUGGAUCAAAGGGCGAUCAAACUCAAGGAGUGUCCAAGGUGUCGCACUCCCAUUCGUAGAAACCUUCGAUAUGGCACUCACAUCAAUCGCAGUCUGGCAGCCAUUGAGAUGGUCAAAGAGAAGAUCAACGGUGUGCCGCAUGAUAUCGAACAACAGCAGGAAUUCCUUAUCUUGGAGCUGCUUGAGAAGAAGAACUUGAGGAACCAUCUUCCCAAAGAGUUUACCAUCCUUACAGAGAGGCUCGAAAAAAAGGACCCUUCACUGCAACAACUUUGGCAUCUCGAGAACUUGAUGAACUUCCUCGAGAGCGUUGGGAAACUGAAAGCAAACCAAGCAGACCAUAUGACACCCAAUCUGAACGAAAUUCAGCCAUUCUCUAGAAAAGCUGAAGAAGUCAUUAGAUUCCUCUUAAAUCCGACUCAGAGGUUUUCAGACCAGCAGGUUGCAGAUCUCGAGCGUGAAUUGAAGAGACUCUCCUACCUGGCUGAACUCGAUGUGCGCUGUGGCAUGUCGCGGACCAAAAGUAUUGUUCAUGCCACCGAGAUCCAGCAAUUACGAGAUAUCCUGGAGGACAAUUUGCCUUUCUCUGAAGGUCUGGAAUGUACAGUCAAGCAGAUGUUUACGGACUUGGACACCAAACUGCCACGCAGUGGCCUGGGCAUCACUGACGAGGAGAGGGUGAUGGUACUCAAAGCCGUUGGUUUGAGUAAAGGCCAUUGGUACAAAUGUCCCAAUGGGCACGUGUAUGCAAUCGGCGAAUGUGGGGGUGCUAUGGAAAAAGCCAAAUGUCCUGAAUGCGACGCUGCUAUUGGAGGCACCAAUCACAAUCUCAUUCAAGAUAAUGCUGUGGCGACUGAGAUGGAUGGCGCAAAGCAUGGUGCCUGGUCAGAUGCUGCCAACUUGGCAAACUUUGACCGGGAAAACUUUGAAGACUUCUGAAAUUCUUAAGUACUGCUGAUAGGGUUUUAAUCUGGUUAACACAAAUAAUUAAAUGCUGUUUUUAGUGAGGUAAGGAGGUAAUUGCACCUUUGUGAAGUCAUUUAAAAGUUAGCAGGAGCUUUCAAAAUGAUUUUUUUUUCUCCACACUUGCCACUGAUGGGAGAAUUAAAUUGUAUUUUGCAUUAUGUUUGACCUAUGUUGAGAGAAUUUUGUUGGGUUUUUUUUUUUUUUUUUUUUUUUUUUGCUUGUAUGUACAUUUAUGUGCACAACUAGGCAAUCUCUUAAUGAACUUGAAUUUUGAUCCUCAUUAUAUUCUCAACUUCCUAGCUAAAAUUUAGAUUUUUCAUUAACACAAAAUAUCUAAAAAAAAAAAAAAAAAAAAAGAGCAGCUCAUACGUGAUUUGCUCAUGUCAGACGUAAGACUCAAAAUAAUUGCUACUGCCUGCUAAAUGAACUGCACAUUGUUUACUCCUCAAAGCCUGUUUUUAUUCACAUUUAAUGCUUUGUAUGUGGAACCUGGUUAAAAUAAGUCCUCCACACAUUUCAGUUUAUUAGCUUUUAAAAACUUGAAUUAUUAUAACAGUGACAAAAAAAAAGCAUUUUCUUGUUUAAGUGCAACAUAUACAUGCUCCUAAUUAAGGAGGUCGGUAUGUAAUCAUUCUUAUAAAAUAUAUGGGUAGUUGUGGUCCUGAAUGCUAAUUGGGCAAUAUGAAUAAUGUACUUAAUUGUCUUUGAUUCAGAUGUGCUAACAUACACAAUGCUACCCAAUGAGCACAUUAACGAUUAACAGUAGCUUACAUGUUAUAAACUAUGUCACAAAAGAAUAGCACUUAUAUAUGCUUAAUAAAAUAAAGUUUUAA